AUGGUUGUGAUCCAUUUAAUGCUUGAGCAUCAUCUAGAUAUCGUUUAUGAUAAGAUUGUGAUUCAGUUCAUAAAAGGUGUUGAUCUCAAAUAUACAACAACUUGGAGAAUGGUUUAUAACAUGGACCUUUCAAGCAAUAAACUUAAGGGAGAAAUAUUGGUCAAGCUAACUACACUUUCUACGUUGGUAGGUUUGAAUUUGUCUAAUAAUCAUCUGAGUGGGGGUAUACUAGACAACAUUGGAAACAUGACACAGUUAUUUUCUCUUGGUUUCUCAAAAAACAAGUUGAACGGGAGGAUCCCUUCGAUCAUGGCAUCUUUGAACUUUUUAAGCCAUUUGAAUUUGUCAAACAACAUGUCAGGACAAAUUCUGAUAGGAAAUCAACUGCAGACACUUACCGGUCCAUCAAUAUAUGUUGGGAACAAACAUCUAUGUGGACCUCCAUUGCCAAACAGUUGCUCAAAUCAUCAAGAUCCAACAACAACAAGCAAGAAGAAACACAAAGUAGCUAAGCAAACCAAAGUAUGGUUGCUUUAUGUGGACAUAAUGAGUGGUUUUGCAACAGGGUUUUUUGUGACAUUCAAGUUUUUGUAA